ACCUAAACUUAGUUUAUGCAUUUAAAAUCGAAUAACUUUGUAAUAACCCACUCGUUUUAUUUCGUAGUUGUAGAAAUCGUAUUCAAAGAAACAAAUCUAGCAACUAACGAAGAACCUGCACAUGUAAUCACGGAAGAAAAAGAGAGUGAUCUAAAAGACGCUGUCCCAUCAACAGAAGCUGCAGUGGUGGAAACUGACACCAACAUUAAGCACACGGAGGAAAAUCCGCCAGCAGAACAGGCGGCCUUGUGUACACUUCCUAAGCCGAAACGUGUCAAGAGUGGAUCUAAAUUAAACAGCAUAUUGGAGCGUCUCUCUCACCGUCAAGAGCAACAAAAGGUUGCUAACCACCAGGAAAACAGGCGAGAAUCAAAUACACUGUGCAAUAUCGAUAGUGAGAAGUCAGCUACAAUGCCAACAACGACGGGAAAUGUUUGUUUAAACGUUUCACGGGAAACGAACCUUGGAGCUAAAAGUUCUGACAUCGUCCAGACCGAAAGACAAGCCAUGAUAGGAGUACAGUGUAUACAGAAUAAAGAAAUGUCGCAAAGCUCUGUUUGCACAAGUACUGAACAGCGGUUGACCCAACAGCAGCAGCAAGUCGUUUCUGUGGGCCCACAAACACAGAGACCGGUUCCGUGGCCACUUAUGAGGGACCACGGCAAGGCGACAAGAUAUCAACCGAGCUUUCGAAAUCGGAUUGAUUCACAUCCUCCUAAUCUACAGUCUGAUCAACCAACAAGGUAUCGUCCGAGUGCUGUUGGCAAUAUUACGGCGGAGCAGCCAUUUAGACACCCACAAAGUAGCUCUUUCAAUGCUCCACACUCGAGUGGAUAUAAACAGGAAAAUUCGACAUCCGCUUUACCCUAUUCAAUAGUUGAACAAAAGCACCGCAACAGGCGAACGAACAGUUUAAAUGAAGUCGCAAAAUACAGGCACCAACAUGCGGCGCCAAGCUAUCGUUCAUCGGGCCAGAUACUGACUUCCAACGGGGCGACUUCAUUUCUUGAUAAAUGCUGGAGCUCAAAAAUGAACACCGUGGCGGCAAGUGGCGUUCCACGGCGAGCCACAAUACCUGGACCAACCCGACCGGUGCAAGGACUAAGUGGUGCAACACCUGUCAACAAAACGGGAAUAUAUUCCAACGAUGCUCCUCUUGAUCUUCGACACCCAAGCAAAAUGCCGAAAAUGGAGUACGCGGUAACCGAUGACGGGGUGUUAGAUUUUAGUAUGGCAGCUCGAAACCGUCGCUCUAGCGGCAGUGAUGGUAGUAAACCGGAAAGUUCCGUGAAUAGUUCAUUCGUCACAAACCGAAGAAAUUCCCAGAGUUCUUCACGUGCUAUUCACAACAAAGUCGCUCUACAUGCUGCGCACUCCACAGGCCAUCAAACAAAUCAAAUUUUACCCGCGAAUAUACCGUUGAAGUUUCAUGACGUGAGGUUCGACAAAGGCCGUCAAACGCAUGGCGCCGGCAUCGGCGGGAGGCCUUUAAAGGCAUUCAGGAAUGUGACGCCAAGACCGCUACCCACACUGGAAAUUGGAAAUCGAAAAUUAAUCCCUAAUCGACAAGGUUUUGGGGCAAUGCAACCGUAUGAACAACCGCUAUUUCGUCAGGGGUCCCGCGUGGUCACCGCACCGAAGAAAAGACCAAGAGAUAAAGUAAAAGAGAUAUUCGUACCUUUUCCACCACCAGGACCAGAAUUUAAAGAAAAAAUGAUGUACGUUACACAGAAAAGAGAAACUUUGCCGGUGUACAACAGGCCGCCACCAGACUAUGAGGCAAGCACGAAAGCUAUUCAACAUCAGCGACCCAAGUACGGUCCUAAGUACCCGCCAAUGCAAAACAAUUUACCAAUACCUGCCUUUAACGAAACGCAUUCCAAUUGUAAAGGGGUGCGUUACGGCGUGCCGGGAAAUACGUUCAAGAUGCCAGUUUGCAGAAGUAUCGAUAACGUUUCUUCUCAGCACCUGGACAAAGAGGUUAUGAAACGAUGCAUUAGCAAGGCUCAGCAUGAGCUUAAUCGUCAGCCGUACGACGCUAGACACCAAACCAAUGUAUCAGCAAGCCGAGAUCCAUCGUACGGCUCACGGAAUCCGGCGAUUCACAAGUUUGUUGCUUGCAGUCAGUCAUCCAAUCGACCACAUUGCGAACGUGCGCAUCAUAACCAAAAACAUGCGGUGCCUUUUCCAGGUGGACCGACACACCCCCAUAUUGCACCCUACUCCGCCCCAGGCGUGAUGAGACACACGACAUGCCCCACCGCAACGAAUAGCAGCAAUGUUCCCCCUCCAUUGCCUCGUGUAAUGUCUUCCAAUAGCAGAACAACACUAGAAAACAACGUUUCCAUGGAUACGGAAACACUGACAAAUUUAAAAACGGAAGAACAUAUAAUGUUCCCGAAUUCAGACAAGCCGACUUCGCCGAGAGAAAGUCUCACAAUGACUCCUGGAUUUGAUGAACCUGCUAAAGACGACAAGGAAUUAAAUGAACAAAAUGUAUCUGCGCCAACUUCUCACCAAAAGGACGUUUUUACUCCCCAAACUGGUCCACAAAAUAUCACCCAGCUACAGAAGGGGUUGACUUUGAACGAAAAAAGUCUCGUCGCCAAUUUAACAAGCAAGGAAGCAGAGCUGGGCGCGCCCCAGGGAGAUUCCAAGUGUGGCGAACUCUACAAUCGUUCGAGCAACCAACUGUCUCCAAGCGUAAUGUUUUCUGUCACACCAGCUUGCACAGUAACGAACAGUGCACCGCAAUACAUGCUAAAAUCAGAUUUGCACUCCAAAUCUAUAUUCUCAUCAGCUUCAAUUUCCGUGGAAGACGCGCUUUGUAAUAAUGAACUCAAGGAAACAAACCUCUGCAAAGAAAGUGCAGAUAACGUCACCCAUUUAAAGGAGACAAAUCUUUCCAAAGAUACCACCUUCUUUGAUGAAUCUAAAUCAGAAAUGACAAACGGUAAUGAUGAAAAUCCCAACAGCGAAGAGGACAGCGCCAAACCAUCAAAAAAGUUCGUUCAGAAAUUAAAACUGCGGGCAGUGACUUCACAGGAGAGAGACGGUGCAACCGCAAAGAAAUGGACGCUGGUUGACGAGAAACAGCUGGCACAGGGAGAAUCGGAAACUUCCAGUACGUUGAUUAAAAACAACGAAAUAUCGAAAACAACGACGACACCACUAAAGACUGAGAAUCGGGGUCGUCAGAAAAGAAAACUGGUGAGAUCAAAGAAACAGAACAAUGCUGAGCAACAACAAACAGCCGAACAAGCAAAUAACUAUUUAAAUAUGGCACCCCAGCAAACAUUCACGAAGCGUCUUGACUUGUACUCGGUGAAAAUAGCACUCUCUGCACUUGGAUCUGUAGGUCUGCCAAUCGUUUCUUUAAGACAGGAUUUGAAUUUAAACGCAGGCAAAACUCUGGUACCAAUAUUGCCUAAAUUACCCCAGGAUGUCGCGACAACUGUUGAACAGUCUUUGGCGUCACGUGACUUGGGUAAAUGUACAUCUCCUACUGAUGCAAUCGAUAUAAGCGAUCGCUUCCAUGUACAAGUCAGUUUUUCGCCGCAGUGCGAUCACGACGGGGUUUUCGUGGAGGACAAAGUAGUUGUUGUCGAAAGCACCGAAGAAAAAUGUCGAAAUAAUGAAGAAAAAUGGAACCAGAUUGACGACCCAAACUCACUAAGAUUGGUCAGAGCACAGAAAAGAUCGUUUGCCGCUUCAGAAAUCGGUGAUAUAGAAUACGUGCCAGCUGUAAACGGCGACCAUUCCUAUUCGAAAACAUCGAGUAGCGGAAACAGCAGUUCGAACUCGAGUCCAGAAUCAACCUUUGUAAACCAUGCGAAGAGACGAGCUUAUCCAAGUGUACGUUUAGACGACAAUGACCUUAUUUCUGGAGGCAGAACUGAGUACUUGAAGGACGAUAAAAACUCUUUGCAAAUAAAAGACGAAGAUGGAAAGUUCGACCAUCUUUCUACUGAAUGUGCUGCUGAAAACUUGACAACUUUCGGAUCAAAAUGUGGAAAAACGAAUUUAGCGAAAGUGAAACAUUUUACUCGUAUUAUGCCGGCGAUAUCCAUUCGGUGCGGGCGCAACAAGCUAACUGGUUCCGUCGAACAGAAGAGACGGUCAAUUCGUAAAUACUCCAAGAAUUUCGUUUCUUAAAUGGUGGAGAUCAAACCGUAGCAAAUGCCCGCUCGCAAAGAAAAAGACAGCUACUCGUAAACUGUAAACGAAGCGAAGAGUAGUUUGUCUGAAGUUAAGUUUACUUGUGCUGCUCCUUUUUGUGUGAUCGCCAAAACUGCCAUAUAUACACACCUGUUUACCUUUCCUUGUUUGAGUUUCGUUGCAAAAUGAACAGCGUUUAACCCAACACAUCUGCCAGCUUUUGAUACACAUCAUGUAUACAAACCGUUCGUGCUUGCUUGUAACCGCCCAAAGGUGAAAAUAAGUUUCAAUAA